GGGGAGGGAGGCGAAACCAGGGGUGCCUUGAUUGAUAGCGGUUGCCACCAGUGGGUGGGGGGGACGGCGAGGUCUCAGCCAAUAGACUCGCCCCAAGUCGAGCGGCGAGCCAAUGGUGGGGCUGGGGGGCGGGGCGCGCCGCUGGCUGAUUGAUCCCAGCUUUGGCGUUGUUCAGUUAGAGCGAGAACAUUCUAGAGUUUGCCCGGCACUGCUGUCCCUGCUGAUACCGCCCGCCCCAGGACGCCGGGACCCGGAGGCUGCGGCGUCCGCCUCCGCCUCCCUCUCCGCCUGGAUAUAAGCGCCCCCACGGCCCUAUUCUCCUCGCACACUCGGCUUCGUCGCAGCCCGGGGCGAGCAGCGUUGGGUUUAUGUCUUUAUUGGACGAAAACGAGCUGUUGCGCAGCCACUGGUACCUGUAUUGGGGAAACAUAGCAUACAAGCAAGAACCUUACAGCCUCAGUGGCGAAAAUUUUUUCAUGUCAGAGACCGAGAACUCUUGCAGUCGUUUAUGUCAUCCCGUCUUCUCCAGACAGAAGAUACCAAAAAACUGCAAUCAAAGAUCUCUUCAUCUUAUUGAUAAAGCUACUAAUAAGGCAAAAUGUCUGUCAACGUCAACCGCAGUGUUUCAGAUCAGUUCUAUCGCUACAAAAUGCCCCGUCUGAUUGCCAAGGUGGAGGGCAAAGGAAAUGGAAUAAAGACGGUUAUAGUCAACAUGGUUGACGUUGCAAAGGCGCUUAAUCGGCCUCCAACGUAUCCUACCAAAUUUUUUGGUUGUGAGCUGGGAGCACAGACCCAGUUUGAUGUUAAGAAUGACCGUUACAUUGUCAAUGGAUCUCAUGAGGCGAAUAAGCUGCAAGACAUGUUGGAUGGAUUCAUUAAAAAAUUUGUUCUCUGUCCUGAGUGUGAGAAUCCUGAAACUGAUCUGCAUGUCAAUCCUAAGAAACAAACUAUAGGUAACUCUUGCAAAGCCUGCGGCUAUCGAGGCAUGCUUGACACAAACCAUAAACUCUGCACGUUCAUUCUCAAAAACCCACCUGAAAGUGGUGACACUGGUACAGGAAAGAAAGAAAAGGAGAAGAAGAACAGAAAAGGCAAGGACAAAGAGAAUGGUUCUGUGUCCAGCAAUGAGACACUUCCACCCCCACCACCGGAGGAGAUAACUCCUCCACAGGUUGUGGAGGAGGAGGAUGAUGAUGACUGGGGUGAAGACACGACAGAAGAAGCCCAGCGGCGUAGAAUGGAUGAAAUCAGUGACCAUGCAAAGAACCUCACACUUAGUGAAGACCUGGAAAGAACAGUGGAGGAGAGGGUCAACAUACUGUUUGAUUUUGUGAAGAAAAAGAAGGAAGAAGGUGUCAUUGAUACUUCUGACAAAGACAUUGUAGCAGAAGCAGAGAGACUGGAUGUAAAGGCUAUGGGCCCACUAGUUCUCACUGAAGUACUCUUUGACGAAAAGAUUCGUGAACAGAUAAGGAAAUACAGACGUCACUUCCUUCGUUUCUGCCACAAUAACAAGAAAGCUCAGCGGUACCUUCUCCAUGGCUUCGAGUGUGUGGUAGCCAUGCAUCAGUCUCAGCUUAUUUCUAAAAUACCACAUAUUCUGAAGGAAAUGUAUGAUGCAGAUCUUCUGGAAGAAGAAGUCAUCCUUGGCUGGGCAGAAAAGGCCUCAAAGAAAUACGUCUCAAAGGAGCUUGCCAAAGAAAUCCGUGUCAAAGCAGAACCAUUUAUUAAAUGGCUGAAGGAAGCUGAAGAAGAAUCUUCCGGUAAUGAAGAAGAGGAUGAAGACGAAAACAUAGAGGUGGUGUACUCUACAACUGCCAGUGUACCUAAAGUUGAAACUGUGAAGCCUGCAAACAAUAAAGACGAUGAUAUCGAUAUUGAUGCCAUUUAAAGUGAUGCAACAUAGCUUCCAGCAUAGUAAUACAAAUUUCUCUGCGUUUUCUGCCAGAAGUGUGACUUGUAUGUGCACAAGCUGAAAUGGCUUAACAUCCUGCUACUUUGUACUCUAAAAUGUAUCUUUUUACUGUGACUGGUCUUGUGUAACUAAGCCUAAUACCAAGGAGUCAGCACGUUGGUGAACUGAUCUAGUUUGCAACUGGCAUGUUCUAUCUUGUUUUUCUAACUUGUGUUGGACGCCAUACUUGAAGCGCAUUUAUACAGUUGUGGAAAUAAAGGAUUUGGUUUUGGUCAGUCUUCA